GCUUCACAUGAGCGCAGUAAAGGGGACGUUGACAGAGAUGAGAACGAAGUGUUAUAAGACAUAACGGGGGAAGUGUCUUAACGAAGGAGAUGUCUCUGUCGGUCGCACACAGCUUGGACACCAGCAGCCGGAGAAGGAGGCCGGCUGAGCAGACACAAGAUCCUCAGGAUGACCGACUGUGCGGAGAACCACAACUUAAUUCAACAGACACUCUAUCUUCACAUCAGUCAAUAUGUCCUGCCAUGUGCACAACAAAAUGCAUGCCUGAACAUGCAUGUCCGAACCAUCAUGCUUGUGAUGAUAGCUGGGAGGAGAUCCAAAGCAAGAGAACCAUCAGAGCGGAGAACGAAGUGGAAGCCAACAAACUGGUCAACAACUACAGGUUUGGUUUCAGAAAAUGGAAGAGCCAUGUGACGGAGCGUCCGUUUGAAGUCAGGUCUGAGGUUGUGAAAGAGCUCUACUCUGAACUGAACGUCAUUAAACCCCAUGCAGGUCAUCUCAUCACAUGCGGAAACGUAGCGUAUGUGCUUCUCUUCGGUUGGUGGGUCUCUCUGGCGUAUUUCUUGAUCGGCCUGCUUAUGUUCAUCACUAUUACUGGUGUACCGUAUGGCAAACUUUGCUGGAAGUUGUCCUGUUACUUCCUGUGGCCAUUCGGCAAGUCAAUCCAUGAGAUUGGAAAUACAUUGAGGAGAUGUUGUGAACAAGCACCAGACUGUGAGUGCAACAUAGAUGGGACGGAAGAUAAUUCACCAGUUCUGUUGCCUUCACCCACAGAGGUGUUAAUCCCAGAGCUGCCAGGACGACCUCUGCGUACUCCUUACUGGCAUCGUUUCUCCACUUACGUGUGGCUGCUGCUGGGAUAUCCUCCUCUGGUGGUCAUCCACUCCCUGGCCUGUUUCCUCUCCUGGAUCCUGGUCUUCACUAUCCCUGUUUUUAAGAUGAACGCACGGACACUAGGCGUCAUCCUUCUCUUGGCUCCUGAGGAUGUCUCUGUCUCCACCUGCUCACAGAGGAAGCCUCAAGUCUAUGAAACCAGAGCCCUGCUGUGCUGCUACCAUGCUGCAAACUGGUAUUACUACAAAUACACUGUUGAUGGGAUCAAUGUGUUCGCCGUCAACCUCCUCCCUCUAGUAAUAAUUGCCAUGGUAAUUGGAUAUAUUGACCGAGAAAACCAGUACGCCAGCUCUAAUGUCAAGUUUGCCAUAGCAAUCUGCUCCAUCAUACCUCUGUCUUAUUAUAUUGGUAUGGGCAUUGCCAGUAUCUCAGCCCAGAGUAACUUUGCAGUGGGUGCAGUGGUGAACGCCACCUUUGGCUCCAUUACAGAGUUGACCUUUUACAUCACAGCCCUGCUCAGAGGUCACCAGGCCGCCAACCCGUGUCUGCAGGAGGUUGUUAAAGCAGCACUGACUGGCACGCUGCUCGGAUGCAUCCUCUUCAUCCCUGGCAUCUGCAUGAUAAUCGGAGGGUUGAGGCACAGUGAGCAAAGAUUCAACAGUCGCUCUACAGGAGUGAGCUCCGCAUUGCUUUUCAUCUCUGUGGGAGGUGUGUUUGCCCCAACGUUGUUCUCCAAAGCUUAUGGAAAUCUGGUGUGUGACGCCUGCACCAACUCCUCUGCAGGAAACAGCACAACCGGCGGUCAGUUUGUCUGCCACAACUGCCACUACGAUCUGAACAACGGUACAUUGUUCCGCAACCAUGUUGAGCCACUGGUGUACACAGUGUGUAUCCUCUUGCCAGCCGCCUACAUCAUUGGUCUGAUAUUUACGCUGAAGACGCACUCCCACAUUUAUGACAUCCAUGUUGGAGAAGGACAGGUGACGGGCCACCAUGGCGCAGUAGUCCACUGGUCACGGUGGAGGUCUCUGCUCAUCCUCAUCAUGGCCACCGUCCUCACGUCUGCUUGUGCUGAUCUUGUUACCGAGCACAUCCAGCCAAUACUAAACCAGCCCAACGUCUCUCAGUAUUUCAUUGGUGUGACAGUUCUCGCAAUGGUUCCUGAGAUCCCAGAGAUUGUUAAUGGGAUUCAGUUUGCUCUCCAAAACAACAUCAGUCUUAGCUUGGAGGUGGGAAGCUGUAUUGCUGUUCAGGUCUGCAUGCUGCAGAUUCCAAUUCUCGUCUUAUUUAAUUCCUUCUAUGAUGUGGGAUUUGUGCUGUUAUUCAGUGACAUACACCUGUGGGCCAGUAUCUUCAGUGUGAUUCUUGUCAACUACAUCUUCAUGGACGGCAAGUCUGAUUAUUUUCAGGGUACAGCUCUGGUGGUUGUCUACCUUAUUCUGCUGGCUCUGUAUUACUUUGCUCCAUCUCCACCAGGCUGCUGACUGGGCAACUAAAAGUUUUCAGCCCAAGUAACAUUUUUUUGUCUGAACAUGCAAAUUCAACAUCACUCCCUGUUAAGACUUUUUCCUGAGAGGGUCAUGACUAAAUAUUUGUGUAAGAAUCCUGACAUAGGCUUUUCAUUAUGGAUUUUAUUUCUCAUGCCGUUUUGUAAGCUAACAUACUUAACUAUGUGUCCUCAGACUCAUCAUUUCUUAUGAUCUUUGUAAACUGUUUUGAAAGAAGGUAAAAAGUAUUUUUACAAUGCAAAUUAAUAUUAUAAUGUUAUCUGCACUGAUAUUUUGGUUAAGGAACUGUUGUAAUAUA